AUGAAGUCCAAGGAACUGUCUGUAGAGUGCCGAGACACGAUUGUGAUGAGGCAUAUAUCUGGGGGAAGGAGUGAUUCAGACCAGGAAAUUGAUGUUGCAGAGCUGCAGGACUGGUAUAAGAAGUUUGUGGUGGAGUGCCCAAGUGGAACACUCUUCAUGCACAAGUUCAAGAGCUUCUUCAGUGUUACUAACAAUAAGGAGGCCGAUUAUAUUGAGAAUAUGUUUCGCACAUUUGACAAGAACGGAGACAAUACAAUUGAUUUUCUAGAGUAUGUUGCAGCCUUGAACCUGGUCUUGAGGGGCAAGUUGGAACAUAAACUGAAAUGGACUUUCAAAAUGUACGACAAAGAUGGAAGUGGCUGCAUUGACAAGACAGAGCUGCUUUAGAUUGUAGAGUCCAUCUACAGACUGAAGAAAGCCUGCCAUGGAGAAUUGGAUGCAGAGUGUAACCUCCUGACCCCAGAUCAAGUGGUCAACAGAAUAUUUGAACUGGUUGAUGAAAACAGAGAUGGGGAGUUGUCUCUGGAUGAGUUCAUCGACGGGGCCAGGAAGGACAAGUGGGUGAUGAAGAUGCUGCAGAUGGACGUCAACCCUGGGGACUGGAUCAGUGUAAGCAAGAGCUCUGGAGCGAGCUCUGAAGCUGAACCUCUGUAAUAAGUUUAUAGAUUUCUUUCAAUCAAAAUUUGAAUCCAUCUACCAGCAGCUUCAGCUAUCUUGUGCCCUGCCGGUGGCUGACACUACCACCAUACCCAUGGGGACUAUGGACUCUUGUGCAGAGGGGGCAACCGUUGCUGUAAUACCCUCUCUCCCCAUAACCUGCACACCACACACCAUCACUUGUUGCUUCUUUCAUAGCUUUCUUUGUUUUCUCUUUUGAAAUCCCUAAUGUGUACAUAUCUGCGUGUUUCUGUUCCCACUGAUGGUUAUGUGUGUGUUCUACUGCCCAUGAUUUCAUUUUGUAUGUGCAGUGUAAAGUAAAAGUGACCAGUUUUCUCCAUCUCUAUAUGGUUGAUGGACAACAUGCAGUGUCAGAUUGUAAAGUUUAUUUUGCAAUUAUGUUUUGAUUUGGAAAAAUAUCAAUGGUUAGAGCUGACAAUGAUAUAGUAUUCCGGUAGCAGACUUGGUUGUUACAUACAGUAUCUGGCAUAAUUUUUGCAUUUGUAGAACAACUCAUUUUCAAAUAAAAUUACAUUUUAUUUGUCACAUACACAUGGUUAGCAGAUGUUAAUGCGAGUGUAGCGAAAUGCUUGUGCUUCUAGUUCCGACAAUGCAGUAAUAACCAACAAGUAAUCUAACUAACAAUUCCAAAACUACUGUCUUAUACACACAAGUGUAGGGGGAUAAAGAAUAAGUACAUAAAGAUAUAUGAAUGAGUGAUGGUACAGAGCGGCAUAGGCAAGAUACAGUAGAUGGUAUCGAGUACAGUAUAUACAUAUGAGAUGAGUAUGUAAACAAAGUGGCAUAGUUAAAGUGGCUAGUGAUACAUGUAUUACAUAAAGAUGCAGU